CAAAAUUCAUAACUAAAAUGUGCUGUCAAUUCAAUAGUAACUUCCUGUAGUUAAGCCACAUUAUACAACAGCAUUAAAUGUAAUAUUAAAUAUAUAUGUAUUUAGUUGAUUAAAGAGUCUGUAUUCCCACAGAUCCAGAGUAAUUUAAGAUAGUUUAGGAAGCAUUGAAGAUGGGUUUCUUACAUCAAAUGAUUUCUGAUAUCAGUGGAGCCAAGUACACCUUAUUCAUAUUCAUUGUAUUGGGAAUCUGCUUCACCUUAGCAUUCACCUACCUAUUGAAGUGGUGUAGUAAAACUGUUAUUUGGUUCAUCAUCUUUAUAAUCGUUGUGUUGUCCAUCUUCUUUGGCUAUUAUAGUUAUUUAUAAUAUAAGGCAGCAUCAAGCAUGACCAUUGGUUUAUCACCUACUGGAUAUCUAUUAUAAGCUAUUAUUUGGUGGUGUUUUGGAUUGGGUACAAUAAUCUUGACAAUUUGUUUCUACAAAAGAAUCAAUCUAGCCAUAGCCAUCAUCAAGUCAGCCUCUGAUUUUGUCACUAAAAAUGUCAGUAUUGUCAUUGUUCCUGUAUUCUCAACUAUUGCCACUCUAAUUUUAACUGUUAUUUUUAUCUACAUUGCAUUUAUAAUAUGUUCAACUGGUACACCUGGAGAUAAGUAAUAGCAAUGGCCAUUUGGAUAAUUGAAAUAUACAUUGUUUGAAUAUUUUAGUGGAUUCUAUUUGCUGUUUGCCACUUUUUGGACAUAUGCAUUAAUUAUUGGAGUCAAUAGCUUUAUCAUAGCAGGUUCAGUAUGUGUAUGGUAUUGGUAACAAGGGAAGAGUGGUUAGGAACAUGUUUAACCACUCAAUUCAUCAUGGAAAAGAUGUUUUGUCUAUCAUUUUGGUUCAAUAGUACUUGGAGCAUUAUUAUUGGGAUUGAUCUCAAUAUUUAGAUCCUUCUUUGAAUAUCUAUAUAGAAAUGCUGAAUACAUGAGAACAACUGAUGGCUGUCAAUUUUGUUUUAAGUGUUGUGCAUGUUGCAUAUGGUGUUUCGAAAGGUUCUUACAAUAUUUGAAUCAGAAUAUCUAUGUCUAAAUUAACAUGACUGGAGAUGGCUUCUUUCAUGCUGCCAAAAAAGGCCUAGAUAUUAUGUCUAAUAAUCCUUCAAUUGUUAUGUAGGUUGUGGGUUUGGGAGAUUUAAUAAACAAUAUCGCAAGAAUCAUGAUUACAUUAUCAAUCUCUAUGUUCUUUUUUAGAUCCAUUUCAGAAUUACCUCAAUUUCUGUUUGGAGGUAUUGUCAUUAAUCCUUAUAAUCCAACAUUAUUAUUGGCAAUCAUUGUUUUUGUCAUUGCCACUGUCUUUACAAACAUAUUUGGAGUGGCCAUUGAAAGCAUACUCCAUUUAUAUUGUAUUGAUUAGGAAAUAGCCAGGGCCAAAUCUGGUUCAGAAGAUGCUGAAAUGUGUCCUGCGGCUUUAAGAGAAUUUUUAAAUGACAAGGUAUUUACAUAAUAAAAAUGA